GAGAGCCAAUAAAACUAUAGAUCAGCCCGGUUACCAAAAACUGCAGCGAAGGGAGUGAAGCUAAUAGAAGUGCAAUGUCUUCUUCAAAAGUAGCAGGGAGGUGUUGACGGUCAAGCUCAGGUACAGGUUCAGUCUGUUUUGUGCGGGCAUGUCAAAAAUAGCGACACGGUUUUAGCUACAAAAAGCGUCACCGAGAAACAGUUCACUAGAGAGAAGAAGGCGGCCAUAUUUUCAUGAUGAGCCAGUGGGAGCGGCUGCAGCAGCUGGACUCCGUGUACCUGCAGAAGGUGGACGAGCUGUACAGCCAGGAGGAGCUGCCCAUGGACGUGCGACACUACCUGGCGCACUGGAUAGAGAGCCAGGACUGGGCGCGAGCGUCACAAGACAUGUCUGUGGCUAGCAUUCUUUUCCAGGUCCUCCUGGAAGAACUGGACAAGCAACACAGCCGUUUUGUGCAGGAGGGCAAGACCUUCCUGCAGCAAUGCAAAUUCCGCCGCUUCAAGCACAACUUCCAGAGGUACCAGGAGCAGCCUCACAAUUUAGCCAACAUUAUCCUGUGGUUCAUGAUGAAAGAGAGAGACAUCCUGCAGUCUGCUCAGCUGGCUGAACAGGUGCAGCUGCUCCAGGUCACACAAAACACCGUCGAAACGGACAACCAGAGAAAUAUCGGAAGCCUGAUGUCCAACCUUAGGACCAAAGUGCAGGGGAUGGAGCACAACAUCAAAUCCUUAGAGGAGCAGCAAGACGAGUUUGACUUCAAAUAUCAGACACGCAUGAUGGAAGGGAAUAUAAAUGCAGAGCAACAUGCUCAGCAAAUGAAGAUCCUACAGCACCUGCUCAACAGACUCAACAGCUCCAGGAAGUUGCUGAUGUCUGACUUGACGGAGGUGCUGGGCCUGGCUGAGCAGCUGCUCACAGUUUUGGUCAACGUGGAAUUGCCAGAGUGGAAAAGGAGGCAGCAGAAAUUCUGCAUUGGAGCCAGAGAGGAUGUCCAGUUGCAGUUGCUGGAGAGCUGGUUCACCAGUGAGGCAGAAUGCCUCUUCCAGGUGAGGAAGUUCCUGAAGAAGGUAGAGGAACUCACAGCGAAGGUGUCCUAUGAGAACGACCCCUUUAAGAUACAGAAACCAGCUCUGCAGAACAAGGUGGACUCCCUGCUCACCACGUUGCUGAAGAGUGCUUUGGUCGUGGAGAGCCAGCCCUCCAUGCCACAGGGGAGGGGGCCACUGGUACUGCGUACCAAUGUGCAGUUCUCUGUUAAAAUCCGGCUCCUUGUUAAAGUGCCCGAGCUGAACCACGUAAUGAAAGUCACAGUUUCCAUGGAUAGCGACGCCCCGCAGAUUAAAGGGUAUCGAAGAUUCAAUGUGUUGGGCAACAGCACCAAGGCCCUGAACAUGAUAGAAAGCAAUAAUGGUGGCAUGGUGGCUGAUUUCAGACAUCUGACUCUGAAGGAAAAGAAAGCAGGAGGCGGGGGCAAAGGAGUGAAUGAUCUCUCGCUUUGUGUGACCGAGGAGCUACACGUCAUGUGCUUUGAGACAGUGUUCGUUCUGCAUGGGUUGUCUGUCAGUCUGCAGACGACCUCGCUUCCAGUGGUCAUCACCUCCGGUACCAGCCAACAGCAGAGUGCCUGGGCCUCAAUACUGUGGUUCAACAUGCUGUGCACAGACGCUGGGAAUGUUAACUUUUUUGCCAACUCUCCAAUGGCUACUUGGCCUCAACUGGCAGAGAUGCUCAGCUGGCAGUUCCUGUCCAUCACAGACAGGGGACUUAACUCUGACCAGCUCCACAUGAUCGCCCAGAAGCUUUUCGGUCAACAGCAAAACUAUGACUCUUGCCGAAUUUCUUGGAGCAAAUUUUCUAAGGAGAACGUCCCCAACACAAACUUCUCCUUUUAUGUUUGGUUUGAUGGGAUCCUUAUGCUCGUGAAGAACUAUCUUGAGAACCUCUGGAAUGACGGCUAUAUUAUGGGUUUUGUGAGCAAAGGCAAGGAGAAAUCGCUCCUGAAAAAGAUGCAAUCGGGGACUUUCCUACUGAGGUUCAGUGAGAGCAUAAGAGAUGGUGGCAUCACCUUUUCCUGGAUUGAGUACUUUGAUGAUGGGAAGCCCAACGUACGUUCAGUGCAGCCUUUCACCAAGGUGGACCUCACCCAGAUCCCCUUCUCUGAGAUAAUCCACAAUUUCCAAAUUUUGGAGGCAGAAAAUGUCCCAGAAAACCCCCUCAAGUUCCUCUACCCUAACAUCCCCAAAGAUGACGCCUUUGGGAAAUACUACACAGUGAAGAGUGGAGCCAAAAACCCAUAUUUAGAAUACAUCAAAACCAAGCUGGUCUUUGUUUCUAAAGAGAACACAUUGGAACCUAAGGCUACUAUGAAUUUGCUAGAUGAACCUGAGGUCGAGCUGCCAGUGAACGGUCUGUGUGACGUGCAUGGCGAAGAGCCAGCUGCCCCAGAUGUGCUGGUACCCUCUGAUGAGUUAAUGAGGGAGUCUCUGCUUCUCGAUCCUGGAUCUGUGGAGAUGCUCUGCUCUGACCUGCCCCCUGACUUUCCGUCAUCUACUGAGGAGCUGGAAAAAAGUCUGCAGAUGUACCUCAGUGGUGACCCCAUGAUCCCUGCCAGUGACUUCACGUGUCUAGACCAACCGCCCAAUUUGGGUGCUUUCACCUCUGACCUUUCCCCACAUGGCCACACUGUCCAUAUGCCUCUUUACUCCUGAGCUGGUGCUUGUGAACUGUGCCAAGAGCUGCCAGGUUGGGUAGCGGGGGGCUUUGCUCCACACUCUGCUGCUUAACUCAGUUUUACUGUACAGUGACAGUGCAGCCCAUGUGUAGCGCAUGUAUCAUGGCUGUGGAACCUGGCACUUCUGAAUGGCCACAGACAACCACAGCAGUCUCUUAAGAAGGCCUCUC